UUCUAUUCUUUCUUUACAGCUUGUGUUCGCGUCUGUUUCCAUCGAUUAGCUCAAAUGUUUCUUGAAGUCUUUAGCAAUGGCGAUUUGGAAAGUCCACAUUUUGCUUUUAUUGAUUACAUGGAAAGGACUUGGGUUGGAAGGGAAUUAAUGCCUCCAAGAUAUCCGCCAACAAUUUGGAAUAAUAAAGAUAUAACAAUUGAACAGCUACCGAAAUCUUCAAAUUCUGUUGAAUCUUGGCAUAAUACUUUUGCUGGAAUAUUUAAUAGACAUUCUUCAAAUCCUUAUAAUCUUGUUAGAGCACUUUUGGAUAAACAGGCUCGUGUUGAUACAAUAGCUGUUCGUAUAUCAUCUGGUGCUGUAGUUCAAAUGUUUAGUCGACCUGAAUAUCGACGGGAUAAUCAAAAUUUAUUGAAUGUUUUAAGAGGUGUUGGGGGGCCUAGAGAUCCUAUUGAAUUUUUGACGGCUUGUUCGAAUUUUAUUAAUUUUUAAUUGAAAAGAUUUUUUUUAUUUUUAACGAAUUAUUUCUAUAGCUAAUUUUGUAUUUUUUUAAUUUUUUAAAUGUACUGGUCCUUUUUUUCUCAAAUAAAUAUUGUGUCUUUUUAUUUU